UAGAGCAAGAAAAAAAAAAUCGAGCAGUUUGGAGGUUUUAUGCGAAUUCGAACUCUUUUAUUGUUAUUUUAACGCGUCAGCAUCAGACAUGGUGGUGUAAAUGUUCUCAGACGCAGGGAGAAAUGUGGAAUUUUGCCGUAACCGGUGUGUUAGCAAUGUUUUUAAUCAAUGUAGCUGUCAUUCAAAUGGAACCUACGUUAGCCGUGAGCUAGCCUGCUAGCUAGCACGCCUUUUGGCUUAUAUAGGACUCCACUGCUUAACCUGGGUUAUUUCUGGCACUGGAGUAAAGCCAGGGGUCACUGGAGCCUUAUAUUUACAUUUCCAGCAUUUACCAGUCGCCCUUUGUGAAUUACAUUCUCAUUUUAUUAUUUUUAUUAUACCACUGAGCAAUUAAGGGUUAGGGGCCUUUCUCAGGGGCCCAACAGUGGACCUGGGCUCGAACUCGCAACCUUCCGAUUCGUAGGCGAACACCUUAACCACAAGUCACCUUAGAGCUCACGUCAGUCCACCUAGAAACUCGUUCAUACGAAGGAUUUCUGCGAUUCGAAUUCUUUUUUUUCUCUUCUUUGCGCGUGUUCACACUAGUAAUAAAAUGGAUCUGAAUUUUUACUCGGAUCUGACGGAUGGUACAGGACAGCCGGGGGAUCCCGAGUUCCUGGACGCUCAAGCCUUUAACGGAUUUGAUACAGUUCAAAAGUUUCCCGGAGGAAGCGACAACUUUUUGCCCAUCAGUGGAGAGGGCCAUCCUUUCCUGUCCUCCUCCGAGGUACCGCUCCACUCCACAUACUCUCUUCAAAUCCAGGAUGCUGAGACUUUCCACACACCUAGUUUGGGCGAUGAGGAGUUUGAGAUCCCGCCCAUUUCGCUGGACCCUGACUCAGCCCUCAGCGUUUCAGACGUGGUCUCUCACUUCGGAGAGCUGGGCGACGGUGGUCCUGCCCCUGUCGUCCCCGGCAAUGCCGUGGUUCAGGGUAACGACCCUUCCUUUGCCUCAACCUUUGUAAACCCAACAACACAAGGGCUUGAGCAUUUGAGUCUGAUGACCCAGCAAGGAGGAGGACCGAUGUUGGGAUCAACUCUGGGAAUGGACCUUGGACAUCCCAUUGGCUCACAGUUCCGCAGCUCCUCCCCCAUGACCAUAGACGUGCCACUCCCAGACAUGAACCAUGGCCUGCUGGGGCACAAUCCACUGACCACUAUUGACCAGUCAGAGCUUAGUGCCCAGCUGGGUCUCAGUCUAGGAGGCGGGGCCAUUCUGACACGCACUCACUCACCUGACCAGCCACUGUCAGCCACCGGCUCGCCUUCAGAAUCUCUGCAGGAUGACGACAUGGACGACUUCAGAAGAAAGAGCGUGCUGGUGGAGUCACCAAUCUCUCUCUCCGUCUCUCCCGGUGUUAUUUCUCUCUCUCCUGCCCUGUCAGAGCAACCUGCCUUGUCUAUGUCCUCUAUGCCACCCGCUCUGGUCCGUAAAGGUGUAGGUGUUGGAGGAGGGGCCAAAAAAGGCAAGAAGAAGAAAGAUCCCAACGAGCCUCAGAAGCCAGUUUCGGCGUAUGCACUGUUCUUCCGUGAUACGCAGGCAGCUAUCAAGGGGCAGAACCCUAAUGCCACGUUUGGAGAGGUGUCCAAGAUCGUUGCCUCCAUGUGGGACAGUUUGGGGGAGGAGCAGAAGCAGGUCUACAAGAGGAAGACUGAAGCUGCUAAGAAGGAGUAUCUUAAAGCACUUGCAGCUUACAGAGCCAGUCAGCUAUCACAGACCACUAUUGAGGUACUGGACACGGCGCCCUCACCGCCUGCUCUUUCUGUUAUAACUCCUGCCCCGGAGGCUCCACCCCCUCAGCCAACGGCCACACGCACCGGCCGCAUUCCGGUGCAUGCACCAGACAACAACACUAUUACCAACAUUUGCACGUCGAACAUCAUCAUCGACUUGCCACAAGUGACUACACGCUCUCGCACAGGCGCCCACAAGCCGCCUGCUUCCACAACUCCACCUUCUGCACCGACCCCGACCCUGCCCACGGUUACCAAGAUCAUCCCUAAGCAGCCAUCAGCCCGGCAGCCACCACCCCUGCAGCAGAUGCAGAACACACCACCACCCCCACGCCUCCAGCAGAUGGUACAUUCUGUCGCUCCACCACCGCUCCAAGCCAAACCUCGUGGAGGGGGUGCAGUCGGCCAGGCCACCGCCCCUGUUGCUGCUACACCUCCUCCUCCGCUGCAAAUCAAGAUAGUCCCUGCCCCUGCACAGGCAGAUGUGGCCACACCCAUUAUUGUGACCAGCACCACCGAGGCACCCACGGAUGCCGCCGCCAUGGAGGUGGAAGUGGCGCAGCCAGCCUCUAUAGUCACUACAGAAGCAGAGGAAGGGAUGGAGGUCGAACUGAACAGCUCUCCGGCACAUGAGCUGGAUCAUCCAGCAGGUCCUUCCAUUUGUGUGCGUGCAGGUUGCAACAACCCACCGGUGGAAAGCAAAGACUGGGACAGAGAAUACUGUAGCAAUGAGUGCGUGGCCACACAUUGCAGGGACGUAUUCAUGGCUUGGUGUGCGAUCAGAGGACAGAACUCCACCACUGUUAUUUAAAACUCAGCGGACCAGCCGACGAGCAAAGCAGGGUUGACAGCCGACAGAACGAGAAUUGGAAUGAAAAUCCAUAGAUAGGAAGGACUUGGACAGGAACAUGUUUGAAUCAGUUCUUGUUUAUCACUAACUUACAUCUCAAGGUAACAGUGAACGUGAUGAUUUUAAAGGGAUAAGUGGACCCGUCAGCACCAAUACGGUUAACAAUGUAGUUAUUAGCUUUACUGAUUAACUACAUGGUUGAGCUCUCCAUUUAAGCACAAAAGUGAAGACUGAGAUUGAAUUUCAUUUCUUUGGAGUUGUAUUUAAAAAAAAUUUAAAUUUAUCCAUUUUAGGGGGAAAUAAAGCCUUGAAAGGUUUGGGAAACAAGCAUAAAAUGCUGACCGGUAUGAACAAUUUGGAAAUUUUCACCCAAGUAUUUUUCAGGUUAGUUCAGUUUCUUUCCAAUGUUUUUGUGCCCAACAUGUAAAAAAAAAAAAAAAAAGGUUUUUUCCUUUCCCACUCCCAACCAGUCAAAUUCCAUGUGGAAAUUUCAUGAAUACAAUAUUUAGAAUUUUGGGUACUAUAUUCACAAGGCUCAACAAAAAGGGAUAACAUUUUUGAUCUGUCGACGAGUAAAUUAUGAUUGAAGCUGGCAUUAUUAAAAAGCCUCUGGCAGGAUUUGUAAAGUUAAACGUAAUUGCAGGCUUUCCAGAACCUGCAGCUUUUCUUUUUUUUUUCCCCAAUUAUGCAGAGCAGUUUUAUGAUUUAUUUUUUGAGUUUAUCGAGGAGGAGAAGAUUUAGAAGUGUCAGAAUGUACAGUGGUCAUUUGCUAUGCUGUAAUUUUUCACACACACAAGGAGACGUUUUGAGAAUCUCACAAGCUCGGAUCAUGACAUACACUCAAAACCUCAGAUUGUGGAUCAUUACUCUAGUGGGAAUAUUUACCUGGGUAAAAUACAGUAUUUUGGAGAAUGAGACACUAGAGAUUUUAAAUAUGCUGUAAUGCUACAUGAACAAGAUCAGUGUUUUAUUCCAGGAUGGAGUUUGUUCCUUAUUUUGCAGCCAGCAGGAAAUAGCAUCUUGGAGACAAAUUACAGAAUUUCUACAUUAUAUUCUGUUACAUAUUUUUUUCCUUUUUAGUGACUUGCAUCAGUGGAUUAGACAUUUCAUGUUAAAUAAACAUCAACCAUGAA